AAUAAGCAUUUGUAAGUACAACAUCACGAUGACGUCAUUACUCGAUCUGUAAGCGCUUACUGUUCCAAAGCGAACGACGUAAGCAACGCUUAUAAGCGCUUAUAGCGCGUAAGCGACCAAAGCGAACGCAGCCUAUGUCUUUACCAUCUAGAUAUAGAUGAGAUGUUUUGAUUUCUCCAUCUAGUUGACUAUCUUGAUGGUUCCAUCUAGACCAGCAAACACUGAUAGUCAGUCACAACAGUGGUUUGAAAAGUUGUAAUUUCGAAAUUUUUAAAUAUAGAGCUUUCUAUAUUAUUCAGAAAUUCGAUUGAUUAACUUACUAGAAAACGAUACGGAUUGAGGAUUUGUGUUCGAGGGCGGAACCAGAACGGCGUAUGAGUCGUAAGGAUUCGCAGAACUGGGAAUGGCAACCGAAGGAAAGAGGCUUUCUUCCGAAAGGGAGAAGCGAAAAAAGUCAGGACACCAUCCUUUCUCUGAAUGCUAUAUUGGGAACUAAGGGUUCGAUGACAGAGGCUUGCGUGGAACCCGGCUGGCGCAUCAACGACAUCCUCUUGGCAGCCAAAGUUCUGCAAAAUGCGCAGCCCUCGCCGAGUUAUGCCAACGAAGCCGAGAUGAGACGCGUUUUCGGCCUAGUAUACGAUGUUUUGAGAUAUAGGAACAUUUUAAAUCGCACCCUUGAAGACGGAGGAUUUUGGUAUGAGAACGGGGCUCUGAAGCAACGCGAAAGGGUAGUUUGGUUGUUACUGUAUGACAUGCAGGGGAGGAAAUUCGCACGCCGGCGCGACGGGAGCGCACUUGAGAUUCGAGAGAAGAUAUUCAAGACAUUCGGCCUAAAAGACAUCGAGGACGCUCUAUUGAAGGCAAAAACACAUUUGGCGGCGAGUAUCUCACGUCUUCGUAUCGGUGGUUCGGCACUCAGUCUCGAUGAGCUUUUGCCGAUACAUCUGCGUAUUGCCGAAGGAAUAAGCUGGACCGACGAAGGCGCAAUCGCUUCCGGUUGGAUCAACACCAUGAGAGUAGCCAGUAAGAGCGAAUUUGUAAAGGAUAUGUCAAGACUGAAACUCAAGCUCUGUGAUGAUAUCAAGGAACUGAACAAGAAUGACUACGUUUUCGAUCCGAUCUGCCCAAAGAUGAUAAAUCUGCACGACAAGGCACGAGAGAAGCUUGCCGUGUCCAAUUUGGUUCGUGAUCAUCGAUUUAUCUUUCUGGAAAGAUCAUCGUGUCUCGGGGCGGCCACAUUAGCGCAGGCAAUACGCGUGGCGCGUCUCUGCGGACCUGUGGUCCUCACACACUCGAUCGCACCACGUCAUACUGGAUACCUGGCGGGUCUUCUGGCUGAUAUCGAAGACGCCGGUAGACUGUUGGCUUUUGACGCCGGCGAUCGUCGUUGCGAGUACGAAGAGUACCUCAAGACCUUAGGUGUCACUCUGCAACAAUGUAGAAUCUACUCAGAGAAAUACGUAUCGCCACCGCCGUCUGUCGAAUUGGAGAGAGCGACUGUUGUCUUGGCGACUCCUCCGUGCAGCUACACCGGUGUCAAGGACAUUGUCGACCUGGCGGUUGCUCGCGGUGGCGAUACCGGUUUGUUGGAAUCAUUGACCAGCGACACAGCAGCCGCGAUCAAGCAACCUCGCGUUCUUUUGGCCGAGCAAUUCUCAACACUCAAAUAUGCACUGACCAGGCCCAACAUACAGUUUCUAAUAUACGAGGUGCAUACGAUCUUACCGUCCGAGACCACAGAGAUGAUCGAACGGGUCGUGGAGUACGCAAACCAGAUCGCCACGGAAAAGUAUAUUCGCGAGCACCCCAUAAAGAGAAAGACCGCGUCCAAGGAGAGCGCCGGGAAAGCCCCGAAGUUGGCCAAAGCUGGUACGGGUAGAGCGGAACAGUCGCGGGAAUAUUUGGAGGAUCAAUCGCGACAGAAACAAACUUCUGAGGGCAAGCAAGAGGAAGAGGAGGACGAAACUUCAGCGAUCACUGACAUUGUCAUUCCCGAUAGCGAUCUGUUUGAAGUCGGAAGCAUCGACGAAAUCUACGGCGAAGACAGUGAGCACAUGUUAGAUCCCGGCUGUUUCAUCGCCAUAAUCAAACGGAAGGAGAUGAUGCAGUUCGAUUCGCUCUUCAUGAUCAAAGUGGCCGAAUCAAAAGGACUCUUUGGCGAGCCCGACAAGGAGCGAAGUCCGAAGCAGAAAACCGAUGUGCAGCCGAUACGUGAGCCGUUGCGAGUCAGUCGCAAGUCUUCGAAACGCGCUAAGGUCGAGAUAGAUCGUGUGGCGGCGCCUACGCACUCCUCGAUGUCGCGGACUUCGAACAAGCGUCAGAUAUGUCCCCGUCACAGGCGUUACGUCCAAGACGAGAGAUUGCUGUCGACGCAGAUGCACGAUUCGCGCAAGCAAGACUCACGUCAAUGGUGGCGGGUCGCGAUCGCGUAUCUCCUUCAUUCAAUGAGAUACGACUCGCUUUGCAACUUUCGUGUAACUCGCUCGUGCUCGCACGCGCAACAAAUCAUUUAUCCUAUUUGCGUGAAGAAGAUCGCGCUGUUGAAACGUCCUCCUCGUCCUCCUCGCCAGAUUAGUCUAACACGUGAAUUUUCUCUUCGAAAGACAAUUUAAUUUCAAACUUUUCUUGCAAGUUUUUUGCAUAACUCACUUCCUUGGUAAAACAGGAAAUAUGAUGACGUAGAAAUAACUAUAAAAAGUCACUUUUUGACCGUGAUUCGGUCAUUUUUACGUUAUUGACGUCAUUUUGACGAUUAUGAUUUUCUGCUCUACAUAGGUUAUGCCCAGUCUAUCCUAACUGGAAUAAACACCGGACAAGCCGUUUGAAAUCAUCUUUGUUUUGCACUUUAUAGUGAAUAAAAGAAAAAUAUAGCACGCGGGAAAAAACAUUUAAGUAUAUUAAUAUUAAUAUAGUUUUAAUAAACAAACCAACACGUGUUGGUUGAAGGACAUAAAAUAUUCUGUAGUCUUUAUCAUCAAAAUUUGGUUAUAAAAACAAAAAAUUCCGUUUUUUGCAACGUGUUGAUACAUUCAUUUUUUUAUAUUAGUUCAAUCAAUCUUUAUGAUAAUACACUCAAACUUUUUCUUCAUGUACGUUUGAAAGAGGUAAAUAUAUUGGUUAUAUUUUAGGUAGAACAGAAAAUCACAUUGACCUUAUAAUGACGUCAAAAUGACAAGAAAAUGAUGGUAUCAUGGUUGAAAUAUGAGCUUUUUAGUAAUUUUCUCGUCACUUUGAUGUCAUCGUGAUUUUUUAUUUAGUCUGGAAUAACUCUCUC